AUACCUUAAAAUACGGAAAUCUUGGGCGAGUUCCUGUUGGUAGAAGCUAUUUAGAUAACUAUCUAAUCCACGUAAUUUAUGAGCGCGGCGGGCUAGCCGGGGUCCGUUCGCACACCUCGUCAGUAGACUGUGCUCGUCCCGGCAUGGCGUACCUACGAACAACGCUCGUCGUUUUAACACUGUUACAACUAUGUCGAGCUGAAAUAUCGGAUAAGCAACCGGAGUGGUACUCUGCGAAUGUGAUUAAUGAUGGAUUCCAACCGAAGCCCAUAUCAGAACUCUUCUCGACUGAAUCAUCAUUCUCGUCAACGAAUCCUAUAAUAGUGCUGUCAAAAUCAAGUGAAAUUCCUGAUGAAAUUUCCCUUCUGUCAACGCUAAAACCGCCGACACGUAGUAUAUCUUCGACACUUGAAGAUUUUAUAAACAGUCUACCAACAUCUACAGUGCCUUCAACGGUAGCAAUAUCCGAGACGCCAUCGUCAUCGACGCCGCCAACCUCAUCUCCAACGAUUCCUGUUCAAGUCCAAACUGAACCUCAGGAAACAUCUGCCCCUCCGUUCUUGCCUAAUGUUCCUCCUGCGCCGCCUGAAAUACAGCCCGUUAUACCACUUGUGACUAGAGAGCCCCCGUCGGUGCAACAAUCACAAAAUGCACAGCUUCCUCAGAUGGAACAACCAAUUUCUCCGGUGGGUCAAUUAGACCUAUCCGUUCAGGCGCCUAUUCAACCAUUGAUAGUAUCUAAUCAAAGUACCAGCGGGUUACCUUCACGAUCACAGUCAUCGCAGAACCAAUCACAACAGAUUCGAUUGGAGCUGGUCCCUCAAGUUCAAAACUUGCCUGUACUGCCCAUAUCCAAUGUACCAGAGAUAUCACCACAGCAGAUAGUCACACAGUUGCCAAUACAAUCGUCAACACCUUCUCCUCAAUCAAAUUACUUUUUGAUUUACCAACAGGCUCCACAGAAUAUCCAAAAUUAUCCAUUACCACAACCGCCUGGACUAACUAGUUCACAAGCUCCAAUGAUUCCUACCGUCACUACACAGCCUAGUAUACCCCAACCAAUACCAACAGUAUCAGCGCCAUCUAUUCCUUCUUCACCUCCUCAAACAGUGCCACCUACAGCUUCAUCUCCGUCACGAACCACGACUUCAGUUCCUUCGUCUCCUCAAACAGUCUCAACAGUUAAUAACACUAUGCCGACAACGAGAACCCUGCCUACUACAAGCCCACCCGCUACUGCUAAUUGUCAAAACACAGCAAGACCUUUGCUAUCAACGACGACUCCAAUACCUAGAACUGAGCCACCACUUUCAUUGCUUCCAUUAAGAAUUCGGGUUAUAGCUCCAAGUGGUUCGAUAACUAAUGUAAACAUAAACCCAACAACUACAACGAAAAAACCAAAAACACCUCGGACCCGAAAGCCGAAGCCGAAAGCGAGGAAAAAUUCAUACGAUGUUUGUAUAGAUUCAUGUAAGGGACGAAGAGAUCCUAUAUGCGCUGGACCGUUAUCACCUGGUCUGAUAGAUCCGAAGGACUUAAAAGGAUUCCCAUCGAUAUGUCAUAUGGCAUGUCACAAUUCCUUUAGAAAGGACACAUAUGAAAAGCUAGUGGACGGACGCUGCGGUAAGCUGCGCACGCGCAUACGGACCGUCGACUCUAACACCAAGCUCAAGAGAGACGAACUAAUCAAAUCGGAAUACACAUUGGACAACACAGGACCAAAGACUAUUUUUCAAUUUUCAGGAUCCAUCAAUUAGACUGAGAUUAAAUAAAACCAAUUAUCAACUCUACGAUAGAGAUAUUUUAAGAUUCAAGCUUACCAAAAACCGCGGUAAACCCAACUAACCGGAUCGAAGUAAAAGCAAGAUGUUACGUAAAUAAUUAACUCAAAUCCAUUUAAAAUUUAAUGUACUUAUUUGCCCUUAGCUGGCGUUGACAUGCUUUCUGAGCACAGGGUACGGGUUUAUGCAGAUAUUUUAUAUCUGCUCCACCACCAUACGGUGUUAAAACCCGCCAUAGUGGCCCACGUAUGAGUGACGCGUUUCGGGAUCAGCCUGUGUAUAUCCGGUUCCAACAGACCGGCAUAAUUGUGUCGAGUGGUAAUUAUCACUCGUCAGUCGACAUUCCACUGGACCCCACUCCACUUACCAUCAGGGGCAGUGGGGUCACUGUGCUGUAUAUGUAAAAACAAUCCAUUAGCAAUAUUACUAAAAUUUCCAGCGUUACUUUCAGGUUGUCACGGUAGGCAGCGAUAGACCAAAUCUGAUGUUUUAUCAUUGCAGUGCAAGGAGUGUAUUGAAGUUAAAUAAGGAUAGAUCUUAUGAUUAUUAAAUCUAUUUCCCAUCAUGUUUAAUGUGCCAGGUGACAUCGACGUCGAUUGUAUAAGAUUAUGAUCAUAGAUAUAAUAAAGGUUUAUACAAUGACGCCCAUGCACGGGGGAUAUUUGUCGCGGCCCUAGGCACGCAGUUAAGUCGAUAUGCCUCGUGGUUGUAACUCCACAUUCAGGCCUAUAAAGGCCCACGCACAUUUACCCCCGCCCAUUCUAGAAACUUCCCAUCCGUCCCUCAUUUUUUCACUACUCUCUACCGGGCCCGAGCAGUCGCUUUACCGCGGGAUUCCAAUACUCUAUUCGUAGGUUUCCCCUGGUGUUGACUAAAUGAACGCCUACACACAAAAAAGUCCCCCGUAUGGAAUGCACCAUAAUGUGAAAAAUAUUGAUUGGCUACCGCAUUCAAUAUUCCAUUUAUAUCUAUGAUUAGUAUUAAUUUAGGUAAAACUUAGAUUCGUAAAUAGAGCAAAUGUUCCACCUAAAGCUAUUGAGCAGAUGACAGUCCUCUUACGGCUUGUAUUAUUCAUGCGUAAUGUUUUUGUAAACAUGUAGAUUUUGUAAUAUAAGAUAAUCCCUUUAAAAUUUAUUUCAUAUUACGUUAUAAGUAGUAUAAAAAUAUGUUUUAGACCACAAAUUCGAUCAAAAUUUAUUUUUAUGAAAACGUUCAUAGUUUGUACUUUUAAUAUUGUGACUUUCUGGUUUUUUAUACAUGAAUUUUACGACGAAAUACCGUGUAAUAUCACUAAUUCUCAAAAUAAAUGGUCGUAACGAAAUAGUUUUUGCAAAAUAUUGUAACGAAAUUUUCAGUCUCAUCUAUUUGUUUUUUGUCUCCUAUAAUCUACAUAUAAUUUGAUACAACAGAUGUAUUACAUAAGACAAAUAAAAAAAUAAUAGAUAAGACAAAAAAUUACGUAACAAUGUUUCGUGAAAUCUUUUCGUUACGUACAUUUAUUUAGAGAAAUUCUCACGAGUGGUUAAUAGAAUAGAAUAAUAGGGCCAGAAUUCAUCUUAUCGCUUCUAUGCCAGGCACUGACAGUAAAUUUAGUAUUGAAAAAUAUAUUGCUAAGUAAGUUACUUAUAAGGUAAACAAUUCCGUCCAAUAUUAAAAUAUAUUUUAGAUAAUUUUUGAAAACAAAAAUUGAUAAAGUUCAUAAUAUUAUUAUAAGCCGUAUCCAAACUAGAUAAUUCGUUAAUCAACCAGCCAAGUAAGGCCAACCUCAAUAUGCUCGGUAUAGAGACAGACUAAUAGUUACAAUAAACGACAUCGACGAUAACUGCAUAUAGAUCUGAUAAAUUAUUAAUUUCGGGCGUUAGACAACAAACAAAUCAAAAAAAGCCCUUUGUAAACGUAGAGAUCAAAGAUGAUCUGAUUAGUAUAUUUUUUCGAUCGAUCUAAAGAUAUGGAUUAAUAUGGUUUAUUAAUAACGGCCGGUAAAUAGUCAUUGAGAGGCGUUAAAUUUGUAAGCAAUUUUUAAUGUUGAGAGAAUGUACCAUAUUUUUAACGAGUUCUAAUUUCUACCAAUUGCCAACUUAUGCCCAACGGAAGAACUACGAUUUUAAUAUGUGUAUAAGAUGUAUGUGUGAAUGGUCAAAAUGUAUAAAUAAAAAAUAAUUUCGUA